AGUUCACCACGCAGACACAGUCACUGCUCCAGGGAUAUCUCUCUCUUUCUCUCUCUGACUCUGUAACUCUGUCUCUCUCAACUCGCCGACUUUCCAUCCCAAAGCGCCACAACGCCAGGCUCCACGACUCUAACCAUGACUUGCUACCUGCCGGGUCUGCUCCUCGUGGCGUUGCUGUUCGUGAGCGGAGGGCACAGCCUCAAUUGCUACACGUGCAGCACGAACACCAACAACACGGUGUGCAACGCGGGCGGCCCCACCACGUGUCCCUUCACAUCGCAGGACACCUGCGCGACAAUUCUAAUCAACCAGGGCUCCUCCUACGUCAUCACCAAGCAGUGCUUGACCAAGGCCGCAUGCGACGCCGCCAAAUUACUCGACGGCACCACCGCCGGAGUCACGCUGAGCACCACGUGCUGCCAGAGCGACGGCUGCAACGUCAACGCCGCCCCUCGCCCGGUGGGCGCAGCUCACGUGACCCUGGCGCUGCUGGGCGUGGCCAUCAGCGUCGUGGUCAGCAGGGCUCUGGUGUAGGUCGUGACGUCACAGCCGCACCCCCCACCCCCACGUGCCUGGGUUCGGUCCAAUCACUUUCCCCUUCCAUUCGGUUAUCUCACGACGCUUCCACCAUUGGAGCUGGGCAACGUUUAAAUCGUCUAGAUUGUUGCGUUAUGCUGCUAAAGUUCAACGUACAUUUGUCCAUACAUAGAGACAAGUAGACUUGUCACGCAGAUACCCAUAGACUCACUACAUAGAGACCCAUAGACUCAUCACACAGAGACCCAUAGACUCAAUACCAGUGGCGGCUCCUGCAAAAUCUCUCAGGGGGGGUAAAUGUCUGGAUGAUUGAUAAGGAUAAGGUCCACCCAUGCAAAGGAUAAAUUAACAGCUUAAGCAUGUAAAGGCAAUUUCACUUCUUUAAUAUUAAUGAAAAAUAAAGUGACUCUUACAAUA